AGGUAUUCUGUUAAUUAUUGCCGUUUGUCGAUUGGAACCAAGAUGGUGGAGAGAGCUCUGGAUUUGGUGCAAGUAUUUAACUUAUCCACAAGAUUUUUUCGUUGCCAAGAUUUACAAAAAAUACAAGGUUAUGUGCAGUUGGAAAGAUUAUUUUGAGAUGAAAAAUGAAAAAGAGAAUGAAGCCCGACAAGCUGCUGCUGAGUUUGCAGAACUUUCUAUGUUGUCUGUAAAAUCUGGUACUACCACGUUUAAAAAUGAUGUUGCCGAUGUCCAAUUGGAAAAGCCAAAAAUCGACAAAUCAUCAACAGGAUCUAUCCACAGCAUUAUGCAAAAUUGUCAGGACACUGAAGAAACAAGUUCUACUGUUCAGCACUCUAAGUUUGCAGUGUGUGCUGUUGAUAAAGUUAAAAAUAGCAGAACUGAGAUGAGAACCAACGAUUUAAAAGAUGAAUUAAAUAACCAGGAAGUUUCAGCAAUGGCUUCAAAAAGUCUUAUUCAUGCAAUAUCUAAAAAAAAUUUAAGCCUUUUAAAAAGUGCUGAUGUUAGCAGCCAAGUUCCUGUCAUAGCUAUCACAGAUCCAAAUCAUUUAUUGAGUAAGAAAAGUUUAAAAAAGACUUCAGAAGUGACAAGUGAGAAUAAACUCAAUGAAAACUGUGACAAAGAAGUGGGGCAAAUAAAUAUUAAUGUUGAGGAGACGAAACCCUUGAGCUACUCACCCAUUGUUAGCAAUGGUAUUAAUGAGAUUACUGUUGCAGAGGAGACUGUAAAUGAUGUCUGUCCGAACUGUAAAAAACUGAGGGAGGAAAUGAAUACAGUAAAGAAACAAGCACAUUCAAACUUUCACAUUUUUAAGCAAAAAUUAAUGUCGACAAGUGAACUUAUCACAGAGUAUCACAAGAAAAAUCAGGAGCUUGAAAAACAGAUUAAAAUCAACAGUGCUUUAAAGAAAAAACUAGAUAGUUGUUAUGGGGAAAAUGGAUCACUGCGUAUUCAACUUGAGAAGACUGUGCAAGCAAAUGAACCAUUGAAAAAGACAAUACAAAGACUUGAAUAUGAGAAAUCUGUUGCACAAGUGGAAAAAGGAGAGAUAGAGAAGCACUUGGCCUCUAUCCAAACUGAUGCUGAUGAGGCUAAAGAACUGAUAUUCUCAUCCAAGAUGAAACAAGAGGCCUUGAGAAAGGAAAAGCAAGAAUUUAUAAAACAACAUGAAAAAGAAAAGAAAAAAGUAUUAAAUCAAGCAAAAUUAGUGGACAAGUUAAAUGAAAAAUUAAAACAAAGUCGAGUACAAGUGAAGAAUUUAAUUGCAGCACGCAAACAGUUUGAGAAGGAGAAGGAAAAGUUAACAAAAGAAAUUCAUAAACUGCAGACAAAGAACAGAACAUCGAUGCAGAAACCCAGGCCUGGUAAGGCAAGCCGAAAGUCUCCCAGUGGGGUAUUAUCUCCUUCACCGUCUCCACCUCACUAUCACCAUAACACGGCAAUAGAUAAUCAAGGACAGGAAAGGAAAACACUUCUAAAGAACAUGGUAUUUAAGAAGGAAUCGAAAAGUCAUUCGUCUUCGUCAGCAUCCAGUGAUUCAAGCUGCGAUAGUGAAAGCGAAAGUGAUGACGAUUUAAAAUAUCGGUUGAAUCAGAUAUUACGUUCUACAAUGACAUCUUCAACAAGGCUUCGCCUACCAACAUAUCUAUCACCGCCACUAUCCCCAAUGCCUCCAUCACCUCUACGAGUACCAAAUAGUAAUAAUAAUAACAAGGGUGAAUUUAAUCGCAAUUCUCCUUUAGUCGAAGAAGCAGAAAAGAUACCAGAUGCUGAUGUUGAUAUAGAGGACAGUGACAUUGCAAUGAAUGAUGAGGCUACACUGUUUGGUGAUAUCAGUCAAUCAGAUAAUGAUGAGGAUUUCACACCUUUAGCUGAUAUUCCUAUCGAAAACACAAACUCAUUUGAUGAAAAUGUUCUCAGAAGCAGUGAUAAAAUAGAACACUUAUCUGAAAACAGUUUUAAGAAUGUACUGGGUACACCUAUGGAAACUACAAUUAGUUUAAAUAAUUCUCUUACUAACAACACAGAAUAUAAAGAAACAUUGAAUAACACAGAAUCUCAAGAGGCAUUGAACAACACAGAAUCUCAAGAGACAUUGAACAAUGGAGUAUAUGAAGAAACAUUAAACAACACAGAAUAUGAAGGGACAAUGAACAACACAGAAUCUGAAGAUACAUUAAACAACACAGAAGCAAAAGAGAAAGAGAAUUUGGAAAAACAAGAUAAUGAAAAAAAAUGUACCUUUAACGAGUCUGAAGUUAUAAACAAAAGUCUUAAUUCCACCAAGACAGACUUUGUUGUUUCCAGUGUGGGAUAUAAUUUAUCUUCGCCAAAACAACAGACUGCAAUUUAUAAUUGUACGGAGUUGGUUGGCAAGAAAAAAAUGCAACCCCACCAUUCAAGAUCACUGUCAUUUUCAGGCACUAAUUCAGACUCUGCUUUUAGGCCAGUUACUCGAAGUAUAUCUAAUUUGUGCAUAAAACAUUUUGAGAAAGAAUUUAACAGUAAAAAUGAAUCUAUAACUUUCCUAAGUCAGGACACAUCAAGUCAAGAUUUUAAGGUUAAAAAAACCAGUAGUGAUAUUGAACCAGAACCACCUUCAGCAAUGCAAAAUGUUGUAAAGCACGAAGACAAAAAAAUACAUAGAAACACAUUUAAGGAGGAAUCGUUAUCAAAAUCGAAGACAGGAAAUUCAAUAAUUACAAAUUGUCGAGAUGUUAGUAAAACAUUUGAUCUUAAUUCUGAAACAACAAUGGACCUGUCUUGUAGCGUUAAAGAUCAAGACAUUGAUGAAAGUGAAACAAUUUGCUCUUUUACUAACAAUAUUCCGAAUAAACCACCCAGUGUAUCAAACGAUACGGAAUCGAAACACCAUGAUGUUGUUACACACAACAAAUCUCUUCCAUCAAUAAUAUCACUACGGAAAAGAAAAGCUUCAGCAAGUGAACUUAACUCCCCUAAAACCAAAAUGAAGUUGACACCAUCGCCUUUACCAGUUGAUGUGAAUGAAAAAGAAAGUCGGGUUGUUGAUAAAAAUAUUACAGUGCAUACGAAUGACGAUAAAGAAAAUACAGAACAGGAAAAAGAGACUAUUUAUCCGGAUGAUACUGAAUUAGAGAAAAAUACUGAUCCGAAGAAGAAUGAUAGUGGUUCAGUGGAAAGCAAUUUAUCUGAUGAGAUUAUUGUGAUCAAGAAAAAGCCACUUACCACACGUGUGAAAAAGUAUACAAACAAACGUAGAACAAUAAUCACUAAAAGAAAACAUUUUGUGUCUAUUGCAAUGCCUAUAUUAUUAGAAAGCAUUUCUGACGAUAAACCUGCAAUUAAGACCUCUCUUUUCGAAGAGCAUGCCAAUGAUUCGGAGGUAGCCUCCUUUGAUUUGGCAACAAAUACAAGUGAUAAAAAAGAAGUGCAUGGCAACAACAUAAACCCAGAUAAAGCAACUGGUGAUAUUUACUUAUCUCCAAUUACAUCUGAGGAUAGUCACAAAAAUAGUGUUGUUGAUCGGAUCCCUGUAGCGACUUCGCUUAGCAUUUUCACCACCAUUGCAAGUCACAAUUGUCCAAAAGUAACUUUCACUUGUGCAAAAACAAAUCCUGCAAGUGUGACUAGAACAACAAGAACAGUCUUGCGAAGACAUUCAUUGUUUAGCGGUAGUAGUACUUCUUCGGUUCCAGCACAGCGUAUUGAUCGCAGCAGAUCGCUUAGUCCAAGUAUGUUUAAACCACCUUCGCCACCACUGUCACCGAUACCCCCUUCCCCGAGAAGAUCAAUGCUGACACCCAUAAUAUCCCCUUUACCUACAACACCCCUACCGGAAUCAGUUUCGCCUUUACCUCCUUCGCCAAAAAUUACCUCACCUCCAUUAAUAAGAGGUUCUGCAUUACUGUGUUCUGAUAACAGCACCGUGUUUGUACCAAAGCCUCUUGCACAUAAAAGUUUGAAUGCUGCUAAAGAAUUGAACUUUUCCAGGACAGUUGCUAACAGUGUUAAAAAUACGGACGGUACAAUAGUUAACUUUAGCAGAGGACCUGUCGCUAGUACAGCAACAUCACAAGGUAAUUUAGAAGUUCACAAGCCAUUAGUUUCAAAUCCAAUGAGACAAAAUGCUGCUGAAAAAAUCAUAGAAAGGGCAGAUGCAAAUUUUGCCUCUAAAUCACAUUAUGAGCAGCAUGCUGCUUGUGCUAAAAAACUUAAAACCUUCUUAUCAAAUUCGAACAAGAAACAAGGCCAUAACACAAAAAGGCUGUGCAACUCAUCUACAAUCUCAAAGGCUCCGUUAUCUAAAGUCCCAAAGACGAUUACUUCAUCUGUUUCCUUUAAACAGUCAGAAGUCGUUGAAACAACUUCCAAGCUAAACCAAGUAAGUAAAUUAUCUUCCACCUAUACUACCACAUCUGCUGCCUUCACGACGACGUCAGUUUUGAUGUACAGCGUUGCAUCACCUGCUGUGGACACAGGUGUAUCAUCAGUCACCGAUGUAAUUAUGUCUCAAGCAACAAAUAUUAGAAUGCUACCAAAAAACCCAACUGCCACUCCUUUAGCUCGAUUACCGAAAACCAUUUCAUUAGCAGUUACCAGUGUGUCAUCUGUUAUCACACCUACGCUUCCAGCAGUGGAUAGUACAGUAUCAACAGGCAUGGAUGCCUUUACAUCAGUAGUGACAAGUGUGUCUUCACCUGUAACUACACCUAAUUUACCAACUAGGGGUAACAAUGUAUCAGCAGCUUUGGAUAGCUGUAUCUUGCCUAUUGUGGACACUAUUUCACUAGCAGUUAACAGUAUAUCAUCAUCUGUUGCCACACCUACAGUUGUUGCAGUGCAUACCACUGUACCAGCAACUAUGAAUGACUGUACAUCAGAUAAAAAGAGUCCGAUUUUAACAGUAAUCAAACCUAAGUCACUACCUAAGGAUACCACCAUAUCAGUAACCAUGAAUACCUGUACAUCAUUAUCUUUAGUCACUACUUCGUCAGUAGUUACCAGUGCAAUAACAUCCCUUGUUACUGCUAAGUUGCCAAUUACAUGUACUACUACAUCAAUAGCUAUGGAUAGUUGUACGUUACAACAUACAUAUAUCACUGUCCCACGAACUUCCAACAGUUCUUUAUUACCAGCUAUCAGUGCGACGACAUGCAGCAGUACAACCACCUGUUCUUCUCUCCUUACCACCAUGCCACAAUGUAUCGUUAAGGCUACACCCGUUUUUAUUGGUACAACGAUAUCAGUAGUAACAAGAGAUAGUAACAGGAAGCAUGAAAAUAGGGUAUCACACCCAAUUGUGUCUGGUGCAGUUUCUAAGAAACAAAAUCCUCAACCAUUACUGAAGGGCGAUUCAUCGAGAUACGUUAGCAGUUCUGAAGAUGAUUGUUUGCAAAUUAUCACAGAAGAUUCAAGUCAAGACGAAACUAGUUCUAAACCUCAAAAAGCUACUAUUCCAAAGAAAAAGCAACCGAUUAUGAAGAGUCUUUCCUCUGCACAUAAAUUUACCGAACAUUUAACAAGACCUGUAUCAGAAAAAGAGGUAACUGCCAAAAUCUCUGCUACAGAAACUAAAGAAGAAGAAGGAGAAAUAUCUAACAGUGAUGAAGAAGCAUUAAGGAUUGCACCUGAAGUUGACAAGCAGAAAAAAACAAUUGGCAAUAUGGAAAUUUCCGUAGUGGCUGCUCCAGGGAAAGUAAAACGAUUUCCCACCAAUAUCUCCAAGAAGCUGGACAAAAAUAAAAAGAAACGCAACCCUAAAGAAACUGAAGUUGGCUUUACUUUAAAACUGCUCCAAAAGUAUCUGAACACAUCAAUAAAUCAGGAUAACUUGAUUGCAGCUCUAAGAGAUCGUCAAAAUUUAAGUCACGUGAUUAACCUGAACAAAGCUUAUUUGUUGUUGUUGCGUACCUGCGAGGAAACACUACUGCCGAAAAUAUUGCGAUGUCUGGAGACGGGUGAUUCAAUUUGUGAGUGCGAGGGUAACAUGUGUCAAGUCUGUUCUCAGUUGACAUGUCAAUGCCCAAGGGAAUUACCUGACUUUUGCACCGAAUGUAAUAAAAGACGUUCACAACAAAACAGUGGGGAAUUGGACUUAGACGCGCAACUUCGAAAAAACAUUUUUCGAGUUUGUCAUCCGAAAGCUGAGAAACUGUGUACGCCGAUUUUAACACCAGCUGAACAUAGUCUUUUAAUGAUAUUUCAAGAAAUCACAAGAGAAAAACAUCUGGAGAAUGCGUGUAACUCAUUGCUUAACCUGCUACACGAAACAAUAUUCUCUAACCAAGAAAUGCUUUCCUGUGAGAGAAUGGCAUUAUGCCGUUUUUAUGCAGCAACGUGUCGUGUGUAUGACAGACUUGACGAGCUGGUGUCUUUCAUCUACUCACUGGCGUACGAUUCACUCCCAAUCAGCUAUCCCAUGGUUUUUGUAACUUGUUAUUCCGUAUGGCCUUCUAUUCUCGCAAGGGCAGAUAUUUGGUCACACAAUCAAGAUGAAAGCGAAAAGCUAACGUUGUAUAAAGUGAAACUUUCUCCCUUGUCUGCUGUUCUUCAGCUGGUUGCAUUAGGAGAUGCAGUGGCCAGAAAGGAAUCAACGUGCCAGAAGAUUUUGGAGAAGUUACUUGACAUUAAGUGGUCAUCAAAUGCAUGUUAUUAUGAAGAUGUAGCCAGUGAAUUGUUCUCCCUGCUAUGCAACUCCCAGCUUUCGUACGUGACGAAAUCAGAAGAUGGAAGUUUGGUGAUGUGUGAGUUUGUAUUCCCAGUUAUAAAAGCCAUGCAGGUGUUAUGUAAACGAUUGGGUUGGGAAUGGUGCUAUAAUGUGCUUAUUGUUGAAAAAUCGUGGAAUGUAUUGAGGGCGUGGUCGGAGGGUGAAAAAAGUGUGUGUAAUGAUACUGUGGCUAUUGUUAUACGCUUAAUAGGUCAUCUUUGUCGUGGCGGUUUCGCUUGUGGUUAUCGAGAUUUCACUGAAUUGGCAAGCACUCUGUCCUCUUUUUUGCAGAAGAUUUUAGACUGCGAAACAGUAGCAGAAAGCGUGCACAUUGCGACUGCUUACACCUUGUUGGAUAUUGCACCAAGUGAUCCAGAAAAGUGUAGCUUCGUUUUGCGAACUUGGUUGGAUCAAUGUGAGAAAGCGUACACUAUACCCCAAUCGUUACGGCAAAAUAUUUCGUAUUUGGCGCCUCGUUAAUAUUUGUUUUAUUGGCAUUGUGAAGAAUUAUAUCUUUUUAUGAAAAUGCAAUUUUUCUCGACAUUUGAAUUUUGAUAAAUAAAAAAAAUAACAAGUAAGAAUAAGAAGGGCUGAGUUACAUUGCCACAGAAUAAAAAUCACAUAUUCACGCCUGUUGUUUUGAGAUAUAGCUAAGAGUUUAUAUUCUUAAAGCAACCUGUUUGUCAUGUUUAGUUGCUCUGUCGAGUUAUUUUCUUCGUUGCAUUUUCUUUGUGUGACUUUUUUAACUGUUUAUAAUCACGUAAAUGAAGGUUUACGAUAUUUCUCACGAAAGAUAAUAUUUUUUUCAAAAACCUUGUUAAAAUUAUUUUGUUGAGUGUUUUUUUUCUGUUUUAUAUCAUUUUUAUCACACAUUAUUUAUUUAUAGAUUUUUAUUAUAACUGCUCGUUACAUGGAAAGAAAACAACAUACUCUCAUUUUA